AUGCACCUCCCCGUCGAUCCUCAAUUGACACUUCCGGAUCUACUGGUGAUGAAGGAGCUGCUUGGUCAGAAUGCACAAGAAGAUGAGAGCGACACCCGCAAGAGCACCAGCAAAGACACUAUCCAGAAACUGAAAGCUCUCAAUGACACCUCCAAUCCAGACUUCGACCCCACGGUCUUCCAAUUCUGGGAGACGCAUAUGCUGCGCGAAAAGCUUCCUCGACCAAUACAAGAAUACCUAUUGGAGCCAUAUAUUCGCUGGGCACAGGAGAUCGCACGCUUCCCAACCGACGUGGUGAUGGUCACUCAUCUCCUGCUCUACCUCACCACAUCUAUCCCAAGCGCGAUAUGCCUCUACUGCUACCACUUUAGCUGGAUCCAUGGCCUUCUCCACUGGAUUGUGCAUGUAUGGUACGCAGGAAGCUACACGCUCAUGAAGCAUCAGUACGUGCAUAUGAGAGGCGUAUUGGCACCUCGAUAUCACCUGAUUGAUGUCCUCUUCCCAUACAUUGUCGAUCCCUUCGUGGGCCACACAUGGAAUUCAUACUACUACCACCAUGUGAAGAUGCAUCAUGUCGAAGGGAACGGACCGCGAGACCUCAACUCGACUAUGUGGUACGAUCGGGACUCAAUUGCCGAUUUCGCUCGCUAUGUUGGUCGCUUCUUUUUUCUCAUCUCGCUGGAGCUGCCGCUUUACUUUUUCCGCAAGGGCCAGUACUCCACUUCUUUUAAGACUGCUUUUUGGGAGCUUAGUAACUACCUGGCCAUCGCUCUGUUAUUUCGCUACGGUCAUGCACAGGCCACAUUGUGUGUUUUCCUUUUGCCCCUUUGCACGCUUCGUGCGGGAUUGAUGGCAGGUAAUUGGGGCCAGCACGCCUUUGUGGAUCCUACGGAUCCUUCGUCGGAUUUCCGGUCUAGUAUCACUUUGAUCGAUGUUGCCAGUAAUAGAUUCUGCUUCAACGACGGUUACCACACAUCACACCAUCUGCAUCCUCUGCGCCACUGGAGGGAGCAUCCGGUGGCGCUCCUUCGUGAUCAGGAACGCUACUCAGAUGAGCAGGCACUGGUGUUUCAAAAUAUAGAUUAUCUCAUGCUGACGGUGAACCUGCUGAGAAAGGAUUAUGCGCACCUGGCUCGAUGUAUGGUUCCAAUUGGUGCUGAACAGAGAGCGAUGAGUCUAGAACAGCGGGCGGACCUGUUGCGCAGUCGUACUCGGCGAUUCUCCGACCUAUAUUUGGAACGGAACAGCACAUCUAAGCAGCAAUGA